AACUGGGGACACGCUCACCACAGGUCCCUUAUGCGCGAAACCCGCCUCCCGGCCGUGCCUCACAUCCCGAAGGAUGGUCUUUCUCCUUGUUUUUGCAUUUUUUAAACUUUGAUUCAUCGUUUAACAAAGUUGUUCCUUAAAUGUCUGUUUUCAGUGGAUUUUCCCUUCCUUUAAUCCUUUUUCUCCAUGUAGACCAGUUCUGUGUGCACUGGGUCUUGGUGCUUCCCAAGCGCUGGAAGCGGCCCCGUUGUUUUUUUGCUCACCUCCGGUGCCUCCAGGCUUUAUUAUUUCUGUCUGUAUUUCUACUAUAAAUCCCUUUUCCAUUGAAAUCUUUCCAUAGCUUCUAAGAGCAAAAGGUCUAGUAUUGUUUAUUACAACGUUUUGUUAAUUUGCUCAGUGGUUCUCUCUGAGUAGUUUACAGUAGUCAUUCCUAUUGCACGUACCCGUAUGCUAUUAAAGGUAAUGUCAUCAAUAAGACCAAAUAUAGGUACCAUUUGACCCAUACUGAACAUAGAAUCACCUCUGAUAUAAAUAUAAGUCCUUCACUUAGCAGACCCUCCUGGAAAACACUUUAGUCAGUGAAAGCAAAAUGCAUCGAAACCCAACUCAGAGAACAUAGAGAAAACACUAUUAAGUAUAGUUGCUGCUGAUGUUAUUUUUCCACAACUUCAGCAUUAUAUGAUCUUCAUGACAUUACCUCUUUUAUUCUUUAAGAUGUGUCAAAGAAUGGAAACCACCAAGCAGCUGUGCUUAGAAUGGUUUGGGGUGGAAGAGACCUUAAAGAUCAUCCAGUUCCAAACCCCUGCCAUGGGCAGGGACCUUUGUACAUGCUUUGCGGCCUUGUAUUGCUUGGAAAUUGGAGAGUGGUGAUGCACUUCCUUAACUGAGGUUUUCAGUAUGGAUGUCAGGUGUAUCCUCACAGUUUUGGGGUCCUUUGCUGCUGGUAUGAACACUAGAGAUGCGCUCGCCCACUGUGCGGUGAGCAGUGUCCCAGCAGCGGAGACCAAGACCCAACAAGAUUUGCCUAUCCAUCUCCUUAGGAAAAAACACAAUUAACAAUCCCACAGGCUUCCAGCCCAUGUGCACAGCUACCCUCAACAAACUAUUGGUGAUGUGGUUUUGAGGCUGAGCUCAGGAAGACACUGUCUGCUGUCUUCCCCAUCAUCUUUUUGCUCCAGCCCUGUUCACAAGGGGCUUCCUAACUGAUUAUCUCUAGCCAUCAGACACAGAGACAAAGGGUGCCCUCGGCUUUCUUUGAAUUUAUUGGGCUAAGAAGCACAGCAUGCAACUAUUUAACAGCCUUUUUUAUUAUUUUGCCAAGGUUGUGUUUUCUUAAUAAGGACAUGGUUUCAGCGUCUGAGAUAAGAAUUAGUAAAGAAGCUCUUUCUCCAGAACUCUGUAUUAUGCAGAAAAUUUCCGAUCAGACAUAUUGUUGGAAGGAAAAACAGAUAAAUCCAAUACCUGAAGAGGCACACACAUCUGACCAGUCUCAGUCUCUACUGCAGGUUUGGAUAAACUGUCCAUCACUUACUGAAAAUAUUUCUGUGCCUGUUCUUUCACCAGAUGCUGCAGUAGAGAGGCAGCAAAAUAAUUCUGUAGAUAUCAAACUGAAUGGAUUUCCGACAGAUUCAGAAGAAAAGAUUUCACAGAAGUUAAGUAAUGAAGAUCUAUUUCCAGAAAUAAACCUCUGUCUAAAUGCCCUUCUGGAAGAUACUUUAACGGUUCCGAAGGAACAGGCAUCGCAAGAUGUAUUUCCACAUGUUUCAGAAGAUUGCCAGAGAACCUGCAUGACCAUUAUUGACACAGAUAAUGGAGUAAAACAUCAUUCCCCCUAUUAUGAUACAGAUCUUUCACUGACAUCCCAAGGGAAGGUUUUCAUGGAAGCAUUCACUGAAAGCAGCAUUGAGACUGAUGAACUUGAAAUCAGUCAUUUGUUGAGUUUCCUUGGUGAUCCCAAGAAUGUUGAAAUGCCUGAUGAAUUAGAGUGUCAGGGUCAGGCCUUUUCCAUUGAUCCAUCAUUAGAUGAAACCAAUGAUGCCCUGCCAGUACAGCCUGUGACAGCUCUGAAUGCUUUGUCAGGACUUGUAGUACAAUCUGUCACUCCUGUAGUGCCAAAUGAGGGACAGCUUAACACCGAGGUGGAGCAGUUAAAUUCAGAAUGCAGUAUUCCCCAGUUAGAUGAUGACUGCACACAAAUAACAAAUGUGAUUGAGCCUGAACUUCCUACAAUUCAUGUGGAAGAAAUAAAAACCUUAACAGGAUCAAACUUGCAGAGGACAACAGAUGAGCAGCCUGUGGGCGAUAAGCAGAGAGAGAAAGACGUAAUUUUAGAGUAUGGAGGUGCAACCUGUAGUGAAGCGCAAUCUGGGGAGGGACAUUCACAUUCUGUGGAGGCUGCAGUAUGUGCAGGAACAGCCCAGACAACCAAGUCUCUUGUCAGUAAUAUUCAGAAAUCUACUUCUAAAGACGAGGAUCUAGAAAUCAGCAUAUGGCAAGAGAUAAUUUGGAAUGAGGAUAGAAAAGAUGAGCAGAGAAGAAGGAGCAAGAGAAUUGAAAACAAAAUGAAACAAGAAGCCUUUCGUAGAACUCGGAUCCGAACCAUUUCACGUUCAUCAGUUAGCAGGAAGAAUAUGUAUGGUGAGACCUUACUGCAUAGAGCUGCUGAUUGUCAAGACAUAGAUCUUAUACGUAACAUAAUAAAAGUCGGUGGAAAUGUAAAUAGUCGGGAUUAUGCUGGCUGGACUCCACUACAUGAAGCAAGUGUGAAAGGCUUUUGUGAGAUAGCAAGGGAACUUUUGAAAGCAGGAGCAGAUGUUGAUGCUAGAGGACGUGAACAAAUGACACCAUUGCAAGAUGCAGUUAAAGAAGGCCAUUAUGAGAUGGCAGAAUUAUUACUUUGGUAUGGAGCUGAUCCCUUAUUAAAAAACGGGAUGGGAAGAUGUGCAUUAGAAGAAACUUCUGACCCAUCUAUGAAGAAACUACUUAAAAGCUAUGUGGCAAAAUACAGAAGACAUUCUGUAUCGGGUGGAGAUGAUUCAAAGAAUAUAUUAAAUACUCAAAGCAUAGAGGAGACAAACCUGCAUAAGAUUUCCUUACAGACAAAUGAAUCAGAACCAAUGUGUGCAAACCCUCAGGAAGCAAGCCAAAAAGCAGCCUCAUAUCCUAGUAGCAGCAAAACCAACCUUUCAUCUAAUCAAUCACAAAUCAGGCAAGCAUCAAAACGGCAAACAUCCAAGAAAUCAGAGGUGAUAAGAGAAAAAACCAUAGUUUUACGUGGUACCUAUAAUACAAGAUCUGAGAAAAAGAAGAAAGUGAAGAGAAAUGAAAAAGGGGAAACUCCACUGCAUGUUGCUGCUAGGAGAGGAGAUCUGUCUUUGGUGAAAACCCUAAUAUCAUCUGGAAUUAGUGUCAAUGAGCAGGACAAUGCAGGUUGGACACCAAUUCAUGAAGCUUCCAAUGGGGGAUUUACUGAAGUGAUCUUAGAAUUAUUGAAAGCUGGUGCUGAUGUUAACUGCAGAGGUCUGGAUGGUAUUUUGCCAAUACAUGAUGCUGUUUCUGGCAAUUAUUUCGAGGCAGUCGGCAUUCUGCUACAUCAUGGAGCAAAUCCCUGUGAGAAGGAUGGUUCAGGGCAGAGUGCUCUGGAUAAAGCUUAUGAUGAUGAAAUGAAAGAACUGCUAAAGUGUUACUGUGCUGUGGACUCUGUACAUCCUCUUGGGACUAUUGAAGUUAGAGAGAGGAGAUAUCCUUCUAGGUCAAGAAGAUCAAAAAGUCUUCGUUGUGACUCCUGUGACAGUCACAAUGCAGGUUUGGAGCAACAACAUGAGAAAUACAAUGUGGAGGCUAUUGCUGCCAUACAAAAUGCAGAAGACAAGCAAAAAGAACUGUUGCUACUUGAAUUGAGAACUUCUGAAGACGCAGGUGUGUAUAUCCAAAGGCUUUCUCAGAUUCAAGAUACUUCGAAUGAAAUGCUUGCAAAACAGAAAACAGAAAGGGAUACCCUUGCUGAAAAAUACAGGGCUUCAGUGGAAUCUUUUAAGAAAGGAGCACUGAGGAAUCAAAUAGGUAACCUUGCUUCUAAGCAAAAGAGUCUAUUGACUGUUGCCCAAACACAGGAACAAUUAGUCCAGAAAAUACAAGAUUACAGAAAAACAAAUCAAGUGCUCAGUGCAUCAUGUUCAGAGAAGCAGGUCUCAAACCUAGUUAUUUCCCCUGGAAAUGACAGAAGACAUGGUUUAACUGAUGAUGAAGCCGUGUGUCCUGAUGUAGUUACAUUUAGUAAGGGGCUUGGUGCCAGCAUGCCUAAUGGAAACCGACUGGAAGCACAUCUCUCUUUAGAAAAUAGAUUUUCAGCUCAGGAAUGCAGCCAACGUCCACACAUCUGCUUGGAUGAGACAGGAGCAAAUAAAGAAGCAAUUAGAAGCAAAGAGGCUUCUGAUCAUGCUUUGGCAUCUGAAAAGAGGUUAAGAGAAUAUCCCUUCGACAACAUGUCAGAGCUGACAAAUGCUGUAGAAGUGGUCACAUUGCCUUCAGAACCUGCUGUUCCCAUGACUAAAACAAAGUGCUCACAGCAAAAAGACAUUGAUUGUGUAUCAAUUGCAGAACGAGGAAACAAGUCUUUAAAUCUUACUUCAGUGACCAACACAUCAAAUACUGUAGAACCCCGAAGCACUGUUGCCAAUUACAGUGUCUGUCAGCCAGGCAGUGACUGCCAGCAGGUUCUUGCAGAUGAAGAUCUACAUAGAUAUGUAAAUAAGAAAGAAGCUUUGCAGCAGCAGCAAGUAAUUUUAUUAACAUCUACAAAGAACGUCCCUGGUACUGUGCAGCAAAUGGCCUGUCAGAUUAGUGAGAAAUCAUUUAAUGCCAACUCGAUGCUUACAAACAUUUCCUCAAAUACAGACUAUACAGUAAACCUCAGUGAGAAAUCUUCCCAGAGCUGUAGUAAUCAGAAAACUGAACAAAAUCAAGUGAGGUAUAGAAGAAAAAAUAAGAAAAAGCUUCAGUUGAUAGAUCUGCUUGAAUUGGGAAAGAUUAAACCAGGAGAAAAUGUUUUAGAAUUCAAACUGCAGGAAUUUAGUCAUAAAGCCACACUCUUAAAGAACGGCAAAAUCAGAACCAGUAAGAGAAAAAUACUACAAGAUCCAGUUCAGUGGAUUAAAGACAUACUAGGAAGUGAUAUUUAUGUGUCAUGGAAGUAUGUGUGGAGUAAGGUUACAUAUCUUGGGACACAGUUGUCAAAGUUUGUUGAUGGAGAAGUGUCAGUUUCUAGUGACCUGGAAUUGCCAUCGCAAGAAAGAGAGCUUUUAGGCUCUUCUGUCCAGUUCAACUUGGUGGAAAGUCUGACACAUUUUCUUGAGUUCAGUGAGAUACUAAUGGUAUGUAAAGAGGAGUUUCUGCCAUGCCCUCUAAUGGAAAAGCACUGGAAUUUCUACAAAGGAUGUGAAGAUUUUGGAUUCUAAAGACUUCUUGAGUGCUAACGUGUUUUUUUUUCCUUCAUCAUCAUUUAAAAGCAAACAUUUGAGCUUUUAGAACUAAGUGCUUUGUUAGUGUCAUUUUGAUAAAUCAUUUGUGCAGCACUUGGAAUGAAUUGGAAGAUUGUUUGGGUAAAUGAGAAAGGUAGCAGGAUAACUGUCAAUAUUGAAUUUUGUGUUGUAAGAUUGAGAAAUGGGGAAGCAGAUGAGGACCCUUGAACAUUGGCUCUCACUGUGGAUUAUAUUCCAGGUAGAAAAAUUUGUAUGAAAUUUCAUUGAUUUCAGUGGCUGACCAUGCCCUAUGGGGCUGCACAGAACCAGACGGGUAUCAUCACCGAUCUUCACCUCAGCACCCAAACUUGGAACUGCUGUGGCUGACCAUGUGCUGUCAGAAAUGGCUGCACGUGUUCAUGUAAUAAUAUAAGCUGUUAGGGUAGGCAAAAAAAUCAAAAUGGGCAGAUGUAAAAAUCACUAGCAGCUUUGCUUUAACUGGCAUGCAUGUAUAUAAACAUUUGAGAAGGGGCAGGUGCUGGGAGAGGUUAAAAGAGCUGUUAGAAAGCUGUUAAAAGAGUCUUAGCCUUGGAAGUGCUCAGGGAAAUUCCAUUCAUGUUCCAGCCAAGUCUCUCUUGAUAGGCAGAAAAUGUGCUGGCAUAUGGCAGGAAACACAGUUAGCCUGUUUGUGAAACAUUAUUUUUUCCAACUAACAACACAUUAGAUGUUUACCCCAUCUCUGGAGGAUUUCUGUUUGUUUUGAUUUUACAAUGUGUGAAUCUGCAUCAGUUGCAUAUUUAUAACGUUUGACUGUCAUGAGAAUUAUCUGCAUUCAAAUGGCAUUCUUGCUCUUUCAUUCUAUGGAUUAUAAGAAGAGGUGAAAUAAUAGCACCUGCUUCUCCUAACUCCAGUGGAUGGGAUGAGAAAUAUCUCCUGUCAAUCCGUAACAGCCUCAGCUAUCUAUUUGGAGUGUGACGAGCUGAUCUGCAGAGAUUUGAUUAGUGUCUUAAACAGAAGGUGGUUUAUGGAAGAGGGAGGGGUCUGAUCUGCAGGGGAGCUAAUACUGUGCCCUGAGAUGCAUGAGCAGUCAUAGUGUGAUGGGCUGUAAGGUUAAAGAAACGUGAACUGCCUGGAAGUCAAAAAGUUAAAGGCUACUGAGUGACAGGUAUUUCAUAAGGGUCACUUUCCACACAGAAAUAAAAUGGAGCAGUCUCACAGCUGCAGCAGCAAAACAAACCUGAAGGCAUUUUGGUUUAAAGGAAACAUUCAUUCAAAUACGAUACUUCUGCUUUCACUGAAAAGUGAAAGACUUCCAACUGUUAAAAUUACUGUUGAAUUACUUACAUGUUUGAUGUUUUUUCUUUGUUGCAAGAUGUCUAAUAAAAUCAAUGUAGAAAACUUGGGAGGAUUUGACGGUAAUACAUUAGUCCAUUAUAUUAACAUGAUUACAUGACCUAAGGCAAUCCUAAGAUAUGGUGACAAAAAACCUGAUAGAUUCAAGCUGGACAAAGAUGUUUCUUACCGAUGCUCUGUGUAAAAGUAAGCUACCAGGGUUUUUUCAAGGUGUUUUGAGAAAAGUAUUAGCUUGACAGCACGUGUUUUAAUAUGACAAACAAAUGUACGAUGUUGCUUUCCAAAUCGUCUUAGAAGAGUGAAUUUUCCCUGUUCUCCCUACUGGAAUAUUUUUCUUAGUGUAAAGAUCCAUUAAAA